UGUCCUGUCUGGCUUGCCGUAGAUACCCGGUCUUGUAGGUCGGGCAUGCCCGUGAACCAUCCACUGCGAAAUCCUCUGCCAGCGCCUUCAAGAGAGCGAUUAACGUGCGCUUACAGAGAUAUGUGACACAUACUGCAUUAAACGUUGUCUUUCUGUCCAGCGGAUAAGCAAUAAGUUCAGCAGAAGCGUGCGGAAAAUUGCGAGCAGGACCCGAAAAGUGUCCGUCCGUUUUGUCCUACAAAGGCGCGGAGUGUUUGACAGCGGCAGGGCCCAACGGUAGUUAACUGCCUAAGAAGGAGGACGGCAUCCAGAGGUCUACAUGAAACAAUAAAGACGGUCCUCUGUGCAGGAAAACAAGUGCCAACAUGAGGAAGGACGUGAGGAUACUCCUUGUAGGGGAGCCUAAGGUGGGGAAGACGUCCCUGAUUAUGUCUUUAGUCAGUGAGGAGUUUCCAGAUGAGGUUCCACUCCGAGCUGAAGAGAUCACCAUCCCAGCCGAUGUCACCCCGGAGAGGGUGCCCACACACAUUGUGGACUACUCAGAAGCAGAGCAGUCAGAUGAGCAGCUGUAUCAGGAAAUAUCAAAGGCUAAUGUGAUCUGCAUAGUUUACUCAGUCAACAACAAGAAGUCGAUUGAGAAGGUGACGAGCCACUGGAUUCCUCUCAUAAACGACAGAACGGACAAAGACAGCAGGGUGCCACUGAUUCUUGUGGGGAACAAGUCAGACCUGGUGGAGCACAGCAGCAUGGAGACCAUCCUGCCAAUCAUGAAUCAAUACCAGGAUAUUGAGACGUGUGUAGAGUGCUCUGCAAAAAACCUGAAGAAUAUCUCCGAGCUGUUCUACUACGCCCAGAAGGCCGUUCUCCACCCGACAGGACCCCUGUACUGCCCAGAGGAGAAGGAGCUGAAGCCUUCAUGCAUUAAGGCUUUAACCAGGAUAUUUAAAAUCUCUGACCUGGACAAUGACGGCACCCUUAAUGACAGCGAGCUCAAUUUCUUUCAGAGAACAUGCUUCAAUACACCACUGGCACCCCAGGCGUUAGAGGACGUAAAGAACGUGGUCAGAAGAAACAUGAUGGAUGGAGUCAAAGACAACGGGCUCACGCUCAAAGGCUUCCUCUUCCUGCACACCCUCUUCAUACAGCGAGGUCGGCACGAGACCACAUGGACCGUGCUGAGGAGGUUCGGUUAUGACGACGACCUGGAGCUCACGCAGGAGUACCUGUUCCCCCUGAUAAAGAUCCCUCCAGACUGCACCACAGAGCUUAACCACAACGCUUACCUCUUUCUUCAGAGUGUCUUUGACAAGCAUGACAAAGACAGAGACUGCGCGCUGUCGCCAGAGGAGGUGAAAGACUUGUUCAAAGUGUUUCCCUACAUGCCCUGGGGUCCAGAUGUAAACAACACAGUUUGCACUAAUGAACAGGGAUGGCUCACAUACCAGGGAUACCUCUCCCAGUGGACGUUAACAACAUAUCUGGACGUGCAGCGUAGUUUGGAGUACUUGGGCUACCUCGGCUACUCUAUCAUCUAUGAGCAGGAAUCCCAAGCGGCUGCAAUUACAGUGACCCGUAACAAGCGCAUUGACCUGCAGAAGAAGCAGACCCAGCGCAGCGUCUUCCGCUGCAACGUUUUAGGAGCACGGAGCAGCGGGAAGAGCGGCUUCCUCCAAGCAUUUCUCGGCAGGAACCUGCAGCGACAGAGGCGGAUUAGAGAAGAGCACAAGUCCUUCUAUGCCAUCAGCACGACUUACGUUUACGGUCAGGAGAAGUACCUGCUGCUCCACGAGGUGAUGCCGGAUAUUGACUUCCUGACGGAGACGGACUUGGCCUGCGAUGUGGUCUGCCUGGUGUACGACGUCAACAAUCCUCGCUCGUUUGAGUACUGCGCAAAAGUGUACAAGCAAUACUUCAUAGACAGCAAGACGCCGUGUGUGGUGAUAGCCGCCAAGUCGGACCUGCACGAGGUGCGGCAGCACCACAGCCUGUCGCCGCAUGACUUCUGCCGGAAACACAAGCUCCACCCACCCCAGCCUUUCACCUGCAGCACGAACGAAGCACCCAGCAAAGACAUCUACACUAGACUCACCACCAUGGCCAUGUACCCCCACGCCCGUCUCCGCUGCAUGUGUGCCUGCAACAGGUGCACAUAUUGCCUCUGUCAGAACCUCCUCAAGUUGGAGCUGCUGCGCAGCAUUAAGGCCCAACUCCGCACGGUCGUGUUCAACAGACACAUGGCUCAGGCAGACCUGAAGAACUCCACCUUUUGGCUGAGGGCGAGCGUCGGCGCCACAGUGUUUGCCGUGCUGGGCUUCGCCAUGUACAGAGCGCUUCUCAAACAGCGGUGAUCAGACAGAACCAGACUUCCCCUCUCUGGUCCUUCUGUUGACUCUGCCCCUUCUCCUCCCACCACUCAUACCUGGGGAAAGAAAAGACUCACAAAGACGGCCUGACCCACCAGCCAGGCCUCAUUUCUUGGUCACCAUGAACAAACGUGCAGACUUAUAGGUACCUUUUAUAUAAGGGAGUGUGGUGUUUUUCUCCUUAUGUUUUGAAGAGGGGGGCAGGUUACAUUUGAAACAUCACCUCUGUUUGUAAAUGCUGGCGUCGUUUGGUCUGUUGGUUUAGUCUAGGUGAGAUUAGACACGAGUAGUCAGCUGGUCCAGUCCUCUUUUUAAUUCCCCCCCCCUCCUCAGGUCAGUAUAAUUAGAUAUUUGGACACCAGAGAGAGGCAGACAUCCACAGAUCCACCACAAAGGGACUUGAAUCUGUUUAUAGAUGUGUAUAUGCAGGUAUUAUGUAUGUAUUCCUUUAAAAAAACAUUUUAGGAUCAAAGCUAAAGCCAGAACAGGAGGCGAUGGGACAAAGAGCGCUGCAUCUAACACUAAAAAGGUCACGGAUGCCAUGCACUUGUUUAUUUUGUGUGUUUAAUUUAUUAACCUGUUUCUCUCUCUCGUCUGUUUUCCGAGUGCACCGCAUGAAACUCUGGGAUUUUUUUCUUUUUCAUGUGUUUUUGUAUUUAGUAUUAUCGAAGCCAUUUUCAUGGUGAACGACUACCUGCUUUCUGUUUUUAUUUUUGUUUUUCUGCCUUUUGAAUAAAGCUUUUUUCCUCCUUAUAUUUUUAUGAAGUUAGACGCACCGUUUAAACCAGGCAUCAUUAUAUUAACAGCUGUUCGCCCUUUUCCCCUCUUUGAGUCUUGUCAUUCUUCAUCUUCGGCGUUUUUAAUAACGACUUGUGCCGUACGGAUGCUGGUGGACAAGGAGAAAUGAAAUGGUUUUAAAUAUCUGUAAUAAAUUACCUUUACACCCA